AUGACGGACGUCCUGCUCAACAACCUGGGGCGGCUGCAGGACCUGUGGGGCAUCUUCCUGGCGCACAUCGUGGAGCUGCUGCACAGCGGCGUCCCCCAAAUCAGGGCCGCCGCCAUCGACGCCCUCGACCGCCUCCUCACCGGCGCCCUCGGCCCCGCCGCCGCCGCCGCAGCCGCCCCUGCGGCCACCGCACCCGCUACCCCGCCCGCCGCGCGGGGCCCGUCGGGCGCCCAACCGGCCGCAGGCGCCGCGGCGGCGGCGCUGACGGCGGGCGGCAUCGAGCACAUGCUGUUGGUGGCUCUGGAGUCUGUGUACAAGGAGGAGCGCGAGCCCGACGUCCGGCAGGGCCUGCUGCGCGUGGCGCUGCACGUGCUGCAGCGCCACGGGGAGCACCUGAGCGCGGGGUGGGUGCCGCUGCUGAGGCUGCUGGAGGCGGUGCCCAGCUGGAACGACGCGGCGACGAUCAGCACGGCCUUCCAGUCGGUGGAGUCGAUAUGCAGCGAGCUGCUGACCAUCAUGCCCAAGGAGCACAUGCAGCGAGCCCUGGAAGUCCUCCUGCUGUUCGCCAAGCAGAGCGCCCUCAUAAACGUGACCCUCACGGCCAUAGGCAUCCUAUGGCACGUCACAGACACCCUCGGCCGCAGCCGUCCCUCCGACGCCGGGGACGCGGCCCGGCCGCUGGCGCCAUCAGCGAGCUUUGGCGGCGGCGGCGGCGGCGGCGGCGGGCCGCUCGGGCUGGGCGUGCCGGGGCUGUCUGGGGCCGGGGCGGACGGCGGCGCCGGCCGCGGCGACGGGGGUGUGGCGGAUCACAGCUGCCGCCACGACAUGAGCGAUGCGGAGGUUACGCAGCAGCUGCUGCGGGUGUUCACCCACCUGCGCCAGCUCAGCAGUGACGCGCGGCCAGAGGUGCGGGCCGCGCUGGGCGCCUGCACCGUCGCCGACGGCGUGCAGUAG